ACCGGCGAUAUGUUCACCCUGGAGAAUCGCGUCUUUUGCUGCUACCUCUUUUGGGCCACUGUGCUGGUGGCCAAGAUGCUGCUCAUGUCGCUGCUGACGGCCGUCCAGCGUUUCCGCUAUAAGGUCUUUCCCAACCAGGAGGAUCUGUUCUUCAAGAACCUCGAGGUGCAAUUCAAUGAUCCGAAUGUGGAGCGGGUUAGAAGAGCCCAUCGCAAUGACAUGGAGAACAUCCUGCCGUACUUCAUCAUGUCCCUGAUCUACAUCAGCACCAAUCCGAAUGCCGUUGUGGCCUGCAAUCUGUUCCGAGUGGCCUCCGUGGCCAGGAUCAUCCACACCCUGGUCUACGCCGUCUAUCCGGUGCCGCAGCCUUCGAGGAUCCUGGCCUUCGCCACCAUGCUCCUGAUCACCUUCUACAUGGCCGCCGUGGUGGCCCUGCGCACCCUUAGCUUUAUCUAAAUAAACUGUAGUGACUAUCGGCUUAAAA